GAGCCUCCAAGAUGCCGUUCCACCCGGUGACGGCGGCGUUGAUGUACCGGGGCAUCUACACCGUGCCCAACCUGCUGUCGGAGCAGCGCCCGGUGGACAUCCCGGAGGACGAGCUGGAGGAGAUCCGAGAGGCCUUCAAGGUGUUUGACCGUGACGGCAAUGGCUUCAUCUCUAAGCAGGAGCUGGGCACAGCCAUGCGCUCACUGGGUUACAUGCCCAACGAGGUGGAGCUGGAGGUCAUCAUCCAGCGGCUGGACAUGGAUGGUGAUGGUCAAGUGGACUUUGAGGAGUUUGUGACCCUUCUGGGACCCAAACUCUCCACCUCAGGGAUCCCAGAGAAGUUCCAUGGCACUGACUUUGACACUGUCUUCUGGAAGUGCGACAUGCAGAAGUUGACGGUGGAUGAGCUGAAGCGGCUGCUCUACGACACCUUCUGCGAGCACCUGUCCAUGAAGGACAUAGAGAACAUCAUCAUGACGGAGGAGGAGAGCCACCUGGGCACAGCCGAGGAGUGUCCCGUGGAUGUGGAGACCUGCUCCAACCAGCAGAUCCGCCAGACUUGCGUGCGCAAGAGUCUCAUCUGCGCCUUCGCCAUCGCCUUCAUCAUCAGUGUCAUGCUCAUUGCGGCCAACCAGGUGCUGCGCAGUGGCAUGAAGUAGACGCCACCUGGAUGCCCCAUCCACCGCAUGCGGUGCCCGUGGCCCACCCCACACCACCGCCGCCUGCAGACCCCUCCCUUGGCCGGCUCCCUGGGCCGCCAUCUGCGUGUACUUCAGGGCCUGGGUAUCCAGCGAGCCCUCCCCACCCACCCACGGUCCUCACCUGGAGCUGUGGCCUGGCUGUGGAGGGCCGGGUGGUGGCUCUGAGGAUGGUCCCCAGCCCCACCCUGUCCCCACCCUGGACUGUAAGGAGCACUCACUCUUCCUACCAUCCAGGGGCUCCUGGGAAAUUAAGGAGGGAUUUGCACAGGAACCCCCAGGACCCAGUCGCUGCUGUGGUCCCUUGGGCAGGAGCGGGCACCCUGUGCCUUGAGACAGCAGCCUAUCUGGGGCCACACGUCCAACCCAGCCCUGGUCCCUGAGGUCUGCCCAGGGCACAGGGCACAGGCAGGGACAGAAAGCCUCCUCCUGGGGGAGGGUGGGAAGCCAGGGUGUCCUGGGCCCUGCUGCCUGGCAUGGCCUGAGGAGGCCCCUGGUCUUCUCUUUGGGUCCCUUCCUCUGACCCUCGUUGGACCCCAACCCAGACCCCCUUUUCUCCAUGUACCUGCUGGGCCAGCCCAUUUCAUAGGUGAGGAACCCGAGGCUCAGGGGCCCGAGACUUGGCCUCAGUUCUUCCUUCCACAGGGAUUUUCAGGAAAGGCAGAAGCUCGUGGAGGAUGGGCAUCUGAGGUGGCCCUGCAGCCCCCCACCUUCUGGCCCUCCCACCAGAGGCCCAGCUACCAAGGCCACAUUGUCCACCACCCCAGCCUAGAGCCUAGAACUGUAGUCCAGCUGAGGAAGGAGGCAGAGCUGGGGCCUGAAGGCUCUGAGCAGCCUCCGGCCAGGGGACUCCUCCAGGGCUGAACUUUGGGAGGGCCCCUGUACUACCUCCUGGGCCAAGAAACUGGCACAGCCCCGCACUGUCAGUGCCAAGAGGCUGCGCCAGGCCACUCUCUCAGCCCAGGGCCUGCCCUCCUGUCCUCCCACUUCUCUACGCCCUCAAGGUUGGAGACCCCGCUCCCAUGCCCCAGCUGUGCCAUCCCAAACACUUGGGCAGCAGCUCAGCAUGGGCAGACAUGGGGGCUGUGGAUUCUUCCAGGGCGGGGAUGGCAGAUGGAGCCCUUGGGCUCCUUGGGCCUAGAGCCACUUCUUACCGGGCAACGGGCACAGCCACCCUGGCACACCCUCUGCCUGGCUGUGCUGAACUUCUGCUGGUCCCAAGGGAGAAGGGAGUGAGCGUGGGUCACCUGGGGAAAAUCU